AAACACCAUAUCUCCGUCACAUUUUUGUGAUUCGGGUAGGAAACACCUUUGGCUCUUGAACUCCUCCUUCGUGACAGGAGUCAUUCUCAAAAAUGGAGAACUUCGAAACAUAUCAGACGCCUCUUUCGAGCCGCUAUGCAAGCAAAGAAAUGGCUCAACUUUUCUCGCCUGCGAGACGCUUUUCCACAUGGCGGCAGCUUUGGCUCAAUCUAGCCGUUGCGGAGAAGCAGCUUGGCUUGAACAUCUCUGAUGAAGCGGUUGAGCAGAUGAAGGCGAACCUCAACCUGGAUGCGAAACAAUUUGAGAUCGCAGCAGAGGAAGAGAAGAAGCGGCGUCAUGACGUGAUGGCACAUGUUCACACUUUUGGACAGGUUGCACCAGCCGCCGCUGGUAUCAUUCACUUGGGAGCCACAUCUUGCUAUGUCACUGACAAUGCGGAUCUAAUCUUCAUGCGGGAAGGGUUGACUCUCCUCAUUCGUAAGCUUGCCGUAGUCAUCGACCGUUUCUCGAGCUUCGCUGCACAAUACCGCGACCUGCCUACUCUCGGAUUUACUCACUUCCAACCGGCCCAAGUGACCACUGUUGGCAAGCGCGCGACGCUCUGGAUCCAGGAACUCCUGUGGGAUUUGCGAAACCUCCAACGUGCAAGGUCCGACCUUGGUUUCCGUGGUGUCAAAGGAACUACUGGCACUCAAGCGAGUUUCCUCGCGUUGUUCGACGGCGAUCAUGAAAAGGUGGAGGAACUAGACAGACUCGUGACCUCUCUGUCUGGCUUUAGUUACGCCUACCCUGUCACUUCCCAGACAUACUCAAGGAAGAUCGACAUCGACACCCUGUCACCUCUCUCUAGCUUUGGAGCGACCGCUCACAAGAUUGCCACUGACUUGCGACUCCUGGCCAACCUCAAGGAAGUAGAGGAGCCCUUUGAGUCAACUCAGAUUGGCUCUUCUGCGAUGGCGUACAAGCGUAACCCCAUGCGUUCAGAACGCAUCUGCAGCUUGGCCAGGCAUCUAAUGACCUUGCAGCAGAACGCGCUCAUGACCGCUAGUAUCCAAUGGUUCGAGCGGACCCUCGAUGACAGUGCGAACCGCCGAAUCACCAUUCCCGAAGCUUUCCUCACGGCCGAUAUUGUCCUAACCACUCUUCAAAACGUUUCUGAGGGUCUCGUUGUCUAUCCUAAGGUUAUCGCCCGUCGACUUUCACAAGAGCUUCCCUUCAUGGCCACUGAGAACCUGAUCAUGGCUAUUGUCAAGAACGGUGGCGACAGACAGGAAGCACAUGAAAAGAUCCGAUAUUGAUCGAUUUGUCCCCCUAGGUUCUCUCGCAUGAGGCUGCCUAUCAAGUCAAACAGCUUGGUCUGGAGAACGAUCUCAUUGAGCGGGUUAAGAAAGACCCCUACUUCGACCCCAUCAAGGACCAAAUCGAGCAGCUAUUGGAUCCCAAGACAUUCUAUGGUCGCGCACCCGAACAGGUCGACAAGUUCCUCAAGGAUUGGGUGCGACCCGCCUUGACCGACGAAGAGCUCCAGGCUACACUUCAGAAGGGCAGCAAAGCUGAACUGCACGUUUAAAGUCUCAGUUCAGGAAACUGGAAGAUAAAAAGCGGUCUCAUUGGAUGUUACUAUAACAUGUAGAGAUCCGCAGACUGCUGAAUGUACGGUAUAAGAAACAAGAUGUAUUGAAAUGCGAGUUAAUGUGGAUGGAAUACGUGAGACAUGAAAUUUAUGAUGCACUCUUUCCUCAAGAACCAGGAACUUGUAGAACCCUCCAGAUGUGAAGCGAAAGCGAGAUGCUAGACUGUCCAAAUAGAACGAUUUUUAGAGGAAUGAGCGAAU